GAUUAUGGCGCUGGUGACUAACAGCUGCAGGAGAUGAUCGACGCGUAGUAAACCGGCGAUUUUGAACUACCUGUGAGAACCGGCGAUCGGUGACUAGUACGCAGCGAGCUGCAGGUGGCGAGCCAGGGCUUUGCAUGAAUGAAGGAUAGCUCUAGAGCAAGAAAGGCUUACUAUGUACUCCCUACAACUGUUGUGCAAGGUGUUUUGCGCACUUGCUACGCUUUCGUGCUUGUUCCGCCUCGCCGGCAGUGGCGGCGCGGUAAUUCCUGUCAUGCGCUGCAGCCCGAAGCAGCUGAGCUUUCGCCGUCAUUGGCCCGUUGCGUUUGCCCUGUAGUAGUCAGUAUGAAUUAAGACCAGCGA